AUGAGCGGAGAUGGGCCAUACGGACCCGUUGUUAAUGGGACUCAGAUCGUCUUUUUCGAAUACCUUCCCAACAAACCUGCGGCGAUCUCCUUCGUUGUUCUUUUCGGCAUUGUCACUUUAGCCCACCUGGUAUUCCUCUUCACCCUUCGAGCCUGGUUCUUCAUCCCCUUCAUCCUUGGUGGCAUCUGUGAGAUCUUUGGUUACUUCGGUCGAUCCCAAGCCCACGAUACCCCUGAUAAAGCAGGUCCUUUUAUCCUCCAGAACGUCCUUCUGCUCGCCGGAACACCUUUCCUAGCCGCGACGAUCUACAUGAGUCUUCGGCGUGUUGCCACGGCGCUUGACUCGCAACAUCUUUCGUUUAUAAGUCUCCGAUGGUUGACAAAGCUUUACGUCCUUAUUGACAUCGCAUGCAUUGUCAGUCAGUUCAUAGGCGCCAUCAUACCUGCUUCUGGCGACCCAGAUGCCAUCACUAAAGGUCGAACUAUUCUUAUUGCUGGUCUCAUAGUUCAACUCUGCGCCUUGAGCAUCUUUAUCCUCACUUCACUGUAUCUAUACAUACGAAUAAGACAAGAAACUGGACCGUUCUUGGAUUCGUCUCUGGUACGGUGGCGGCGAUACUUCAGAACCAUCGAGACCGUGACGGUAAUCAUGAUUAUUCGCAGUAUUGUCCGUGCAGUCGAGUAUCUUCAAGGACAAGGGGGGUUUGUCAUAUCUCAUGAGGUCUUCAUAUACCUAUUUGAUGCAUCACUCAUGUUCCUGGUCAUGCUAUUGUUUUUGAUUGUUCAUCCAGGGCGGUUGGUCAAGAGCGGUACCGGGAUGAAGUGGAGGGGACAGACGCAAAUCGAUGAGGCGGGCGAGGACAUCAUGCAUCUGCGUGAGUAUCGAGCUUAG